CUCCUCAGCGACGAGACGCGACACGUCAUAGAAGUGAUCAACUACGUGUUCUUAAGCAGCUCCCUCGCCCUCUUCGGCAUUGUCGGUAAUAUCGUCACGAUCGCCGUCCUGGUCAGACAAGGACUGGACAAGACGGCUAACAUCACGUUCAUGGGGCUGGCCGUCUCCGACCUCUGCGGGCUCAUCGCCCUCCAGUGGUACAUCCUGUGCUUCAACCCUUUGUUCGUCAACUCCGGCGUGCCCAUGGUUCCGUCAGAGGUCCAGCACUUGACCGGCGGGUUCGUCAAGGCUUGUUUCACGCGGAUCACGUGUUGGAUCACCGUGUUCAUCACGGCGGAGAGGUGCCUGUGUGUGGUCACGCCGUUCAAAGCCGGGCGCCUCAUCACCACUAGGAGAGUGACCUUCAUUGUGUGCUCCAUCUACAUCAUCAUGAUGGCGUCGCUUCUACCGGAAUACUGCACAAUGUACAUCGGCUGGAAGUUUUACGCCGACAAGAAUCAAACACUCCUAGGCUUGGUCGUUAGAAAGGAAAACGACCAGGUAUCGGGUCUAACAUUUCUACUCUACGCCGUGUAUAUUUUGGUAUCGUUUUUGUUCGAAAUCGUGCUCACCGCUCUGCUGGUAAUCGAACUGAAGCGGAAGACAAAAUGGCGCACCGGCUCGACUUCAGAUAAAGAGCAAUCCGACGCCAUGUCCAGUAGAGACCAGAAAGCAGUCCGUAUGGUGGUCGUCAUUGCCAUUGUUUUGAUCGUCUGCUUCACCCCAUCGGUCGUCCUCAGUGCGGCGGGGUUCCUGGUCCCGGGCUUUGGGGUCGUAGGGAAGUACACGAACCUGUUCUUUGCGACCUGGUCCUUUGGUUUCCUGUUCGACUCUUUCAACUCAAGCGUGACGGUAAUCUUGUACUACACGAUGAGCUCCAAGUACAGAGACACGUUUCAUGAACUGUUG